GAUCUGCUGCUGCUGGAAUUCUGAUCCGUCUUCAUGGCUGCAAAAUCUCAGAUUCUUGUUGAAACCCCUUCAUCGGCAUCAUCUUUAACUCCUCCCAUGAGUAUAAGUUGCGUCAAAGAAUUAGUAGAAUCAAACACCCUGAUCACCUCCAUCCCGUCCAACUACAUCUUCUCCACCAAUCUCUCCGACGACCAAGUUGUUACAGAAGAGCUCCCCAUCAUUGAUUUCUCCCUGCUUACAUCCGGUAGUCCUGAUCAACGCUCGAAGAUCGUUCAUGAACUCGGCAAAGCCUGUCAAGAUUGGGGCUUCUUCAUGGUUAUAAAUCACGGUGUGCCGGAGAAUCUGAGGGAAGAGAUGCUGAACGCAUGCCAAAGAUUCUUCGAUCUGACGGAGGAGGAGAAGAGGGAGUAUGCCGGGAAGCACGUAACGGAUCCGAUCAGGUGUGGCACCAGCUUCAAUGCUUCGGUGGAGAAGGUGUUCUUCUGGAGGGAUUUUCUUAAGGUGUUCGUACAUCCUGAGUUUCAUUCCCCAGGCAAGCCCCCCGGUUUCAGGGAGAUUUCCUCAAAAUAUUGCAAAAGAACAAGACAAGUGGCAAUAGAAUUACUGAAAGGGAUAUCUGAAAGCUUGGGACUGCAAGAAUACUACAUUGACAAUGAAAUGAAGCUGGAGAAAGGUUUUCAGAUUCUGGCUGGGAAUCUGUAUCCACCAUGCCCGGAACCAGAACUUGCAAUGGGAAUGCCACCUCAUUCUGACCAUGGUCUCUUGACCCUCCUCAUAGAUAAUUGCAUUGGUGGCCUUCAAAUCCAACACAAGGGCAAGUGGGUCCAAGUAAAUUCCCUUCCCAACUCUUUCCUUGUUAAUAUUGGGGAUCACCUCGAGAUAUUGAGCAAUGGAAAGUAUAAGAGCGUGCUACACAGAGCAAAAGUGAACGACAAAACUACGAGGGUAUCCCUUGCCAUAGCCCAUGGGCCGUCAUUGGACACUGUUGUUAGCCCAGCUCCGGAAUUGUUAAACAGUGAAAGCAAUAAACCAGCAUACUCCGGAAUGAAAUAUAGGGAUUACAUGGAGCUCCAGCAAGGAAGCGUACUUAAUGAGAAAACCAGUUUGGACCGGGUUCGAGUUAAAUAAUGAGGGUCGAACCUUGACCCGUUUAAUAGAACUGAUGAUGGUUUGAUGUA